UAGCGUGGAAGUCCACUCUGCACGAGUUUAACAGUGUAAAUAGGUGGAACGAUGUCGUCCGUGGAUAUUUUCACGUCUUUUCCCCAGAAAACAUGGGAGAAAGUGCUGUCGAAGGUGAACAAAGCUGUGGUGUUUAUGGAUGACGCGUGUGCUGAGUGUUUACACUGGGGUGGAGGAGCUGCCCUGCUGUUAGAUGCAGGUGCUCGGAACGUGAAGAGCUUCUCCAGUUUUGAAUCGGGGUCAGAAAACGAACCUAAAGCCGUGUUCGUGGUCAGCACGCUUUUAAAGGGUCGGACUGCGGACAUUAUUAAAGACAUUGUGUCUCUUAGUAAGUUUAAAUACUGUGUAGUGUUCACAGCUGUGCCACACUCGCUGCACCUGCUCUCAGAAGGUAUAACAUCAGAUCUGGACGCCAAUGUUGUGUUUACACGCUUUCAGGAGAAGCUGUGCGCAUGGAUGGGAGACCCUGAUUACUCCACAGAGGUCAUACACACACCCCUGCACUUUACCAGGUUCUCCCCUCAGCUCCUGAUCACUCCAGCCUUCGCUGAUCUCUUCCCUCUGUUAGACACCGAUCUCAGCUCCAUCAAUGAGAAGAGACCUGAGAAGAGGAGGUUUUCCAGCCUUUCUGAUAUAGACAUGCCUUCUUUACCCAGUGAUCUACAGAUGAAGAUCAAAAUCCUGGUCUCAGGUCUUAAUGUUCUGUUCGAGUCCUCGGACACAAGAGAGGAGAUCUUCUCAGUUGGGCCAACUAGCCGCCUGAUCGCCACCGAACUUGCCAAUCAGCCUCAAGCCAAAAUUCGAAGGAAGACCGCACAGCAUAAAGCAUCUGUCGUCUUCAUCGAUAGGACCCUAGAUCUGACAGGGGCUGUGGGACAUCAUGGUGACAGUCUGGUUGAGAAGAUCUUGUCUGUGUUGCCUCCGUUGCCAGGUCAUGUGACGGAUGUUCAGGUAGACAUGCUGCAGCUGACGCGCCUUCAGCCCACACCUGAGGCACAGGGCGUUCUGCCACCCGGCUGCAUGGCACAGACCCAGUCUGCCACAGCGCGGUUGCUAUGGGAGACGAUGCUCAUUGCCAAGCAGAAGGAGGCAGUGAUGGAGGUGAGGAGGCAGCUGGUGGAGGCAGCCAGCAAGGAGAAUCUUCCAAUAAAAAUGAGUCUGGGGCGAGUGACGGCAGAGCAGCUCUCCUCAUAUGUACAGUUGUUUCGAGACAGCUGGCCAGCACUGGAGAAUCACUGUGGGUUGUUGCAGCUGGUCUUGGGCACUGCUCAGACCCUGCGCCACCCAGCCCUCACCACCUGGGAUGCCUGCCUUGCCUUUGAGAGGCUUCUCCUACAGACCUACAUUCUCACUCAGACCCUGGGAGAGUCAAAACUGGCAGACGUCCUAAAGCAGCUUCUUCCUCUAAUGAAGCCUCAGAGUUCUGGUUCUGAUUCGGCUCCCGGUUCCGGUCCGGGUGAUUUCAGUGUGGACGAGCUGCUGCUGCUGUUGGUGUAUGUGUACUCUUUGGCUCAGGAGACUUGUGAGAGUGGAACUGAGGAUGAGGAGAAGGUGGAGAGGGAGAUCAUCGGGGUGCUGACACUCUUACUGACCCAGCAGACCACACUGAGUCCUCUAGUACUGGAUAUCACAGGAGUAUCUAGUCCUGAGGAGCUGACAACAGAGAGGGCACACACCGCGUUGGAGCAUGUUUUUGAGACGUUGAAUAGUCUUGGCCACACCAGAGAGCACCUGAAGCAACUGCACUCAGUGUACAAUGCUGGUGAUGGUACACACCAGGCGACAUAUCAUCCAUUCCUGAAGGAGGUUCUUGAGGAGAUCUUUAACCCGAACCGGUCUGAGUGCCCAGAUAUUGAACAUGCCUCUGGGGGACUGACUGAUCUGCUAAAGACUGGCUUCAGCAUGUUUAUGAAGGUUAACCGGCCCCAUCCAAGUGAUCAUCCGUUGCUGUUUCUUUUUCUGGUGGGUGGGGUCACCCCGUCUGAGCUCCGCCUUAUCCGCGAGGUUGUCUCUAGCCACAAGCCAGGGACACAGGUUUUGGUGAUCUCAACAAGGCUGCUGAGGCCAGCUGAUAUUCUACACCUGCUCUUCAACGCUGACAGACUUUCACCUGAUAUAGGAGUGUAAGAGCAGAAUGCAGACCUCACACACUCUGUGGUGAAACCGUAAUACAUGCUGUACACAUUCCCCCCAGGAUGCAUACUCUGCUGAGUACAGGCAUUUGAUUGUUUGCUGUGCAGUUAGGGAUGGUUUUGGUGAAAGUAAGGGUUAUAAAAAGCUGAAAAAAUGCAGCAGAUUAAGUUUGUCUAUUGUAAGGUUUUGCUCAGCACUAUUCUUUAACUGUACAUAUGCGUUUUGUUGUCAGCUAAAAUAAACAUGACAAAUGUUA